AUGAUUACACGCAAGCCUCUACCCCCCGACUCUGUCCUCGAUCCCGCCGUGGCAGCUCGUAUUCAGACGCCAUCACCAUCCAGCCCAAGCGACCCUCAGCCGCCUGAAACUCCCAAAACACCCCAGGACCCUGAGCGAGCACAGGAGAAAUCGGGCCUAGAUCCUAACGCCGUCCCUUCUCUCCUUCGCCCGGGUAUUCGCUCGCCCGGCUCACCCAGCACCUCGAGCAAAUCACAACAGGACCCAACCCAAGAUGCCGACCCUUCUCAAGCGAGCGCAAGCCUAGACCCGGCCAUCGUGCCCCCAUUACUACGCCCUGGGAUUCCAAUGCCUGGCUCCCCCGGAACCCCAGGCAAAUCCCAACGACAAUCUCCCUCCCAAGACCAGACACCCGAUCCCGAACCAGCACAAAAGUCGCCGACACUAAAUCCCUCCACUGUUCCCCCUCUCCUCCGCCCCGGCGCCACGCCCGUGACAAUUAAAAGCCUAAACGGCGACGAUGACGAAGAAGACAAGGUCGACACCAACAUCUGGGCACGGGACGUCCCUGCAUUUGGGAGACCUCGCACGCCGGACUUGGAUCUCGAUCGCGUGCCAAGUGUUUUGAGGCCCGGUAGUCGGGGGAGGAGCUCGGAACGGAAGCACGGGCAGCAACAAUCGCCGUCGGUGCCGGAUGUACUCAGGCCUGGGAGUCGUGGGCGGAGUGGGGAACGUCCAGCGCAGCAACAGCAACAGCAACAGCAACAGCAACAGCAACAGCAGGCGGUUUCAGUGCCAUCCAUGUUAUUGCCUGCUGGAGGGGGGAAUACGAUGGAGACGAACCCGUUCAAGAGGAAGAUGCAGGCUGCGAAGCACCAGGUGCCGACGGAAGCGUUUGCCCAAUUGGAGAUCAAUGAGCAGGGGGGAACGAACCCGUGGCAGGCUUCGUUGGAUGAGAGGCAGCAGCAAAGGCCAACGGCUGUGCCGAAUCUGGUUGACCAGGACCCGAAUGUCUGGGCAUCGAGGAAGCCCAGCCCUACGCCGGCUCCCACAGUCGGUGUUGUUACCCCCGACGAAGGGGCAGCCAUCUGGGCGGACGAGCGCAAGCCCCCUCCUGUGCCUCCUCCUCUUCCUCCGGUCAUUACCAGCGCAGAUGAUGGUCGCGAUAUUUGGGGCGACAUAGGGGCACUGGAUAAAGGAAAGGCGACCGUGCCUGCACCGCCUAUCCCACCCAAGACCCCGCCCAUUGCGGAAGGGAAGUUGGUUGAUACCGAGCCGUCCCCCCCUCAGCCGGGGACGUUGUCCAGGAAGAGUACGUGGGAGGUGUUUGAAGUUGAGGAGGAGGGCACUGUGGGAUCGGAGCCGACGCCGGUUGUGCCGUCUGUUGAGAGGAAGGAGGUCGGGAAGGAGACUGAGGGGCAGGGGGGUAAGGAGGAGGUUCCGAAGGAGGAGGCGCCGAGAGAAGAGCCGCAGGAGUUCUGGACUGCGCAGCUUAGGGCUGAGACGAGGGAAGCCCCGAGGGAGGCUUCAUCACAGCCACUUUCUCAGCGCCAGAUUGAUCUCUCCGAGACGUACCAGAUCAAGAACAUCAACUGGUACGAUUCGACUGCUAAGGAAAAUCCACGCGCGUCGCCGAUUCUAGUGCAGAAUGCCAAUGGCCCGUGUCCGUUGGUUGCUUUGGUUAAUGCUUUGACGUUGACUACUCCAGCUGAUCAGCCUAACACGGUUUUGGUCGAGACGCUUCGCUCCCGCGAGCAGGUUAGUCUAGGGUUGCUGCUCGACGCAGUCUUUGAGGAACUCAUGCGUCGGACGCAGCCUGAUGCUACGUUACCUGAUCCGGCUGAGCUUUACGACUUCCUGACGGGCUUGCAUACUGGCAUGAACGUCAACCCGCGCUUUGUACCGACACCUGAGGUACUGGAAGCGUUCAAGCGGACGUCGCUGACACACUUGCCCGCCUCCGAGCGGGACGCUGCCCACGUCCCAGGUACGUUCGAGCACACCCGCGAGAUGUCCCUCUACGCUACGUUCGGGGUCCCCUUGAUUCACGGGUGGUUGCCCCCUCCCAGCGACCCAGCCCAUGACGCAUUCAAACGACACGCGGGAAGCUACGAAGAAGCACACUUGUUGUUAUUCCGUGAGGAAGAGCUCGAAGAGAAGCUCCGCUCUCCUGACCCGACGCAAGGCCUCACCACCGAAGAGCAGCAAGCCUACCAGGACAUUCUAACCAUCAAGUCCUUCUUGUCCGCCUCCGCCACGCAACUAACCCCCUGGGGCCUCGACGUCAUCCGCGCGUCCAUGAAACCGGGUAGCGUCGCGAUCUUGUUUAGGAACGAUCACUUCUCGACGCUAUACAGGCAUCCACAUACCCUCGAGUUGUUUACCCUGGUCACGGACGCGGGGUAUGCCGGCCAUCCUGAGGUCGUGUGGGAGUCGCUCGUGGAUGUGACGGGCGAAAGCACGGAGUUUUUCUCGGGGGAUUUUAGAGUUGUCGGUGGGGCAUCGAGUGAGGGAAGGGGAAGUAACGUUCCUGGGGCGUGGGAAGCCGAUAACGAGGAGGGAUGGACAACGGUGCAGAGUUCGCGGAGGAGGAGGAAUCGUGGCUCGCAGCAGGCUGGAACGUCGGUAAUGGUAGACGAGACGCCCCGGUCGCCGGUCAGUGAGCAGGAGGAUCGGGAUCUUGCGCUGGCACUGCAGCUGCAGGAGGAGGAGAAUGAGCGGUUGCGGGCUGCGCAGGAGCAGAGGAGACGGGAGGCGUUGCUGAGUGAGCAGUAUAUCGAGCAACAGGCUAGAGAAGGGAGGAUCCAACCCCCUCGCAACGGAAGAACUGCAUCUACAUCCAACCCGCGCAACUCGACGCCCUCUCUUCUUAACCGCGGACAGCCCUCCCAAUCCCAAUCCCAGACGCGAAGCCAAACCACCAGUUCGGGGAAUAGAACUGCGACCACCAACAGACCACGUCAACAACCCCCCGUCCGAUCGAUGCUUGACGUAGCGGAAGAACCUGCUCCCCCUCCAGAAGGUCCACCGCCCAGCUAUGAGCAGGCAGCACGCCAGAAACCGUAUAUCCCCCCUGCGGGACAUCCUGCGCAUCCCGAGAGUAAUCCGCUUGUGGCGGCUGCGGCCGCACCGUAUACUGGUGCUGCUGGAAGUUCUUCUAGUGUAGCGACUGCGGCUGUGGGGGCUGGAAGGGGUGCCGGAGGGCAGCCGCCUAGACUUCCGCCUAGACCGGCGGGACAGGCUUCGGGGGUUACUGGGGCUGGGGCGGGAAGGGGGAGAGGGGGCAAGGAGAAGGAGAGGGAUUGUAUUGUUAUGUGA